CCAGAUCGCAAGCUAACCCAAACCAAAACGUCAAAAAACAAAAACAAAAACAAACGAAACAAGGGAAACAAAAAUGGCUCGAUACGAUCGCGCGAUCACGGUGUUUUCUCCGGACGGGCAUCUAUUCCAGGUGGAAUACGCUCUGGAAGCCGUCCGUAAGGGGAACGCCGCAGUUGGAGUACGUGGAACCGAUAUCGUCGUCCUCGGCGUCGAGAAGAAAUCCACCGCUAAGCUCCAAGACUCCAGAAUGAUUAGGAAGAUUGUUUCUUUGGAUGAUCAUAUUGCAUUGGCUUGUGCUGGGCUGAAAGCAGAUGCACGUGUCUUGAUAAACAAAGCACGCAUUGAAUGUCAGAGCCAUAGGCUGACAGUUGAGGAUCCUGUAACUGUUGAAUAUAUAACCCGUUAUAUAGCUGGUCUACAGCAGAAGUAUACACAGAGUGGUGGUGUGAGACCAUUUGGUCUUUCAACCUUGAUUGUUGGAUUUGACCCGUACUCUGGUAAUCCAUCUCUUUAUCAGACUGAUCCUUCAGGAACAUUUUCUGCAUGGAAAGCCAGUGCAACUGGUAGAAAUUCAAAUUCACUGCGAGAGUUUCUGGAGAAAAAUUAUAAGGAAACUUCUGGGCAAGAAACUGUGAAGUUAGCAAUUCGUGCUCUGCUGGAAGUUGUUGAGAGUGGGGGUAAGAACAUAGAAAUCGCUGUGAUGACAAAAGAGCAUGGCCUGCGGCAGCUUGAAGAAGCGGAAAUCGAUGCCAUUGUCACUGAGAUUGAAGCAGAGAAAGCAGCAGAAGAGGCUGCAAAAAAAGGCCCCUUCUAGAGCAACCUAGUUUUAUUGAAUCAAAAACACUAUUUUUUCUCUUCUGGGUGUGCUAAUUAAUGAAUUUGUUGGGCAUUAGGAUAUUGGACAAUGCUCAAAUCUGCCCACUUGCCAAAA